AUGCCCAGAAGAAAGAUCCAACGAACACCAGAAGAAGAAGCAGAAUUGAAAAAGGUAAGGCGUGAAAAGAAUACAGCCCAGCAGAAAUUACGUCGACAAAAACGUCGAGUUGAUCAGAUGGCUAACCUUCGGGGUCAUAGAAUUGACCUAAAUAUUCCCAUACAACAUUCAGUCAAACAGCCAACCAUUAAAGAUUCGGUAGUUUGUUCAGAAUGGAUUCCCUUACAAGCAAAACGCAUGUCAACGGUGUCAGGAAUCGUUAAUACAAAUAUUGGAAAUACAGGUCCCAGGCUAGAAAGAAGUGAAAGAAGUAUUGCUGAACACUAUAUAGGACCCAUGGACAUGAUUUGUUGUCAUUGCAACGCGAAGCAUUUUGCAUUUGAGCGAACGUCAGGUAAGAAAGAUUCAUUCCAGAGUUGUUGUGGUCACGGAGCGGUGAGAUUAGAAUCUUUACCUGAACCACCAGGAAUAUUGCGUGAAUUAUUCGACGGCAAGCAUGAAAAAUCCAAUCAUUUUCUUCAGCGUAUACGUAGUUAUAAUAAUUCUUUUGCAUUCGCUUCGUUCAAUGCAAAUUUGGUGAAUUUUGAUGAAAGACGCCCUGGACCAUAUUGUUUUAAAAUUAACGGCCAAAUUUAUUACCAGAUUAAUACGAGUUUGUACCCUUCUGAAAGUGAAUGUCCUUCAUAUGGUCAGCUCUUCAUAGUUGAUCAAAAUGAAGCAACUGAUGUUCGAUGCAAUCAAAUGUCAACGUUGGAUGCAGAAUUGGUAGGUGAAAUCGAUAGCGCACUUCGGGAAUGCAAUGACUUUGCACGAUCAUAUCAAAUGAUGCACGAGGAACUAUUGCAAUCGAGACUAAAUUCUAGAGAAUCAGGAGUGGAACCUGAGAUGCAACUAUUGUUUUCUUUGAAACCAGGCAUGGAUCGUGGACGAUAUAAUCUCCAGAAGAUUAAUGAAGUCGCAGCGAUAUUCACUACUACUGCGGACGGCGAAAUCCCAGAGUCUUACGUUUCAAUCCGUGUCAAAGCUACGAAAGAACUCACGUAUAUCAGCACCAUGGAUCCCAAUGUUGAACCGUGGAUUUAUCCACUGUUCUAUCCCAACGGAACUCGAGGAUGGCACGACAAAAUGCCAUUGACGAACAGGUCUGGACGAGUUACUCGCAAUGCUUAUACAAAGUACAGAAUGGCUGACAGAGACGACAAUGUGAUUCUCAAAGGCGGCAGAUUAUUCCAACAAUGGAUUGUUGACAGCUACGUCAAAGUUGAGAGAGACCGUUUGACAUUUGAUAGAAAUAAUCAAGAAAAGCUACGUUCUGACACGUAUCAAGGUUUAAGAGAUCAUUUACAAAGAAGAGCAAAUGAAUCUCAUGGUCGAGUUGGAAAAAUGGUCAUUCUUCCUUCAUCAUUUGUGGGUUCUCCACGCAACAUGAUGCAGCACUAUCAAGAUGCCAUGUCAAUUGUAAGGAAAUUCGGUAAACCGGAUCUCUUCAUUACGAUGACGUGCAAUCCAAACUGGCGUGAAAUACAAGAAAAUUUAUUACCCGCUCAAACACCAUCUGAUCGACCUGAUUUAGUUUCACGUGUUUUUCACAGGAAAAAAGAUGAGUUGAUGAAAAAAACCAUCAUAAAAGAUAAAUUGUUCGGCGAAGUGCUUGCAUACGUGUAUGUCGUUGAAUAUCAGAAACGAGGUUUACCUCAUGUGCACAUAUUAUUAACGUUGAAACAGAAUCACAAAAUAACUACUCCAGAUGUAGUUGAUAAAUAUAUUUCUGCAGAAAUUCCAAAUCCAGACGAAGAUCCCACGUUACAUCAAAUCGUAAUGAAGAACAUGAUUCACGGUCCAUGUGGCAGUUGGUGUAAAAACGAAAAAGGUAAGUGUACGAAACAUUUCCCCAAAGAUUUUCAAGCCGAAACUACCCUAGAUGAAAACGGUUAUCCUACGUAUCGUCGCAGAAACACUGGUGUUUAUAACCGUGGAAAUGGACAAACAAUUGACAAUAAAUUUGUAGUUCCCUAUAAUCCCACACUAUUGAAAUUAUACAAUUGUCAUAUCAACGUUGAAGUCGUUUCAUCUAUCCAAUCGGUAAAGUAUCUAUAUAAAUAUGUUUACAAAGGCCAUGAUGCGGCGGCCGUUGAGAUUACCGAUCCUGGUUAUGGUGAAAAUGUGAUCGAUCAUGAUGAAAUUCGUAAUUUCGUGGAGGCUCGAUAUGUCAGCCCAGUCGAAGCCAGUGAUCGUAUAUUAAGUCAUAUAUUACAAGAAAAAAGUCAUUCAAUCGUGAGAUUACCUGUGCAUCUACCUAAUCAACAGACUCUAACCAUUUCCGAUGUAGCCGAUGAUGAAGCUAUAAGGUCUGCAUUGCAAAAAGAAACAAUGUUGAUGGAUUAUUUCACUCUAAAUCAACGAGAUCCCGAAGCUAGGAAGUUCACUUAUUCAGAAAUUCCGUCCCAUUACGUUUUCAAGAAAAAUCGAGAUUCAGGGAUCUCAAGAUGGGAGAAACGGAAAGCUCAAUUCAAUGUUAUCGGACGAAUGUAUUCGGUAGCUCCCACUCAAAUUGAAUUGUUUCAUCUGCGAUUAUUAUUGAUAAAAAGCAACGGAGCAAUUAGUUUUGAGGAUUUGAGAACUGUUAAUGGACAUCUGUAUGAUACGUAUCUCAGUACCUGUCUAGCAUUAGGACUUAUCGCAGAUGAUACAGAAUGGGAACGAGCAAUGACAGAUGGCGAAAUAUGGAUGAUGCCUCGACAACUCCGUCGUCUGUACGCUCGAAUUUUGAUAUAUUGUCAGCCAAACCAACCAGAAGAAUUAUGGUUGAAAUUCAAAGAUGCCAUGUCUCAAGAUUUUCAACGAGAUGCCGAUGUUCAAACAGCUGAAAGAAGAGCGUAUGCUGAAAUCAAUACAUUUCUCACUCAAGAAGGUUCAGACUUGAGUCGUUUUCCUACCAUGCCUACGAUGGAAGAGGUGCCAAAUAAUAUUACCGAGUCCAUAGAUGCAGGAAUGCUCCAACAGCAUACAGAAAUUGGUCUUGAUCAAUAUCGAAGAUUGAACGUCAAGCAGAAGGAAAUUGUGGAUAAAAUUUUCGAUGUAGUUUCUUCGGAGGUAAAUAAUUCGUCAAAUACAUGUUUUUACAUUGAUGGUCCCGGUGGUUCAGGUAAAACAUUUAUUUACACCACAAUCUAUCAUAUACUGACAGGAAGAGGAAAACAAAUUUGCACAAUGGCGUUUACAGGUAUUGCGGCAAUAUUACUACCGCAUGGGAGAACUGUGCAUAAAACUUUUGGUAUGCCGGUUCCUCUUUUCUCCCAUUCUGUUUCAAACAUUAAGAAUCAGUCUCAAAACGCUGAUUAUCUACGAGGAGUUGAUGUUUUCAUCUGGGAUGAAGCUCCAAUGGCACCGAGAUACGCUUUGGAAUUGGUCGAUCGAACACUUCGUGACUUUACGAAUGUGAACCUGCCAUUCGGAGGAAAAAUUAUGAUUUUGGGCGGUGAUUUCAGGCAGUUAUUACCAGUGAAAACUCACGCUACUCGCUCUGAGAUGGUCAAUUUAUCGAUCAAAUUCAGUGUGUUGUGGAAACAUUUUUCCAUAUUUGCACUGACUGAAAAUAUGCGUACUCUCCCAGGAGAAAUUGAGUUCUCCAGAUAUCUUCUUUCUGUAGGUGAUGGAUGUUCAACUGAUGCCAGCAAUAAUUUGUUAGCACCAGAACAGUGUAUAGCUCCACGAACAGCUGAUAUAGUUGUAUCAACAUGCAAAGAACUCAUAGAGAAGAGAAAAUUCGAUGAAUUUGCAAAUGUCGCAAUACUCUCUGCACGAAACAUUGAUGUUGAAGAAAUAAACAAUCGAGUUGUAGAACACUUCGAUAAAACAACGGAAAAGAUUUAUACCAGCAUAGACAGUGUGAAAAACUGUGACAAUGGAGAUAUUUCAGAUGCAAUACUCCCAGAGUAUUUGAAUUCAUUAAGUCCACCAGGUUUCCCGCCGCAUGAGUUGAAACUUAGACACAACUGUAUCGUUAUGCUCAUUCGAAAUCUUAGUAUCAAUGAAGGAUUGUGUAACGGUACACGGCUACAAAUUUUAGAACUCGCAAAUAAUCUCCUACGAUGUCGAAUUCUCACGGGCGACAAGGCCGGAGAGAUCGUUUUCAUUCAUCGCAUCAUUCUCUAUUGUGAGGACGUCUACCCUUUUACAUUCCAACGUCGACAGUUUCCUAUCAAACUGGCAUUCGCGAUGACAAUCAACAAAAGUCAAGGACAAACAUUCAAUAGAAUUGGACUCGAUCUUCGAAAAGAUGUCUUCAAUCAUGGAAUUAGAUAUGAGAGUUGCGAUCAUACCUUUAAGUACUUGGACAGUCACUUACACUUAGUUAAAAUUUUGCAAUAUAUAAAAACUCAAUAUUUUCAUCAUAGUUUCCUGAGCGCAUUCCGAAACGAUUGCCUAGAUUAUGGAGGUUCUAUCUACACCAAUGUUGAGUUACACGUUAUUAAUUCAGUUUCGGUCCCCAGUACAUUUCGAAAUGUUCAUUAA